GAAGCGAAGAUGGCGGCGUGCGUGCGAGGUGUUUUGCCCGAAGAUGUGGCUGAAAUGGUUUCCGCUUGCCGGGUUUUAGUGGUGGGAGCCGGCGGGAUUGGAUGCGAACUCCUGAAGAACCUCGUCUUGACAGGAUUCCAGGACAUCGUUUUGAUUGACCUGGACACCAUUGAUGUCAGUAACCUCAACAGACAAUUCCUCUUUCACAAGAAACAUGUCGGCAAAUCAAAGGCAGAGGUUGCCAAGGAGAGUGCCCUGAGGUUCAACCCAAAUGCAAAGAUUGAUGCUCGACAUGAAAGCAUCACAACUACAGAGUAUAACCGGGAGUUCUUCAUGCAGUUCAAUGUGGUGAUGAACGCGCUAGACAACAGGGCUGCUCGCAACCAUGUCAACAGAAUGUGCCUGGCUGCCGAUGUGCCAUUGAUUGAAAGUGGGUCAGGCGGCUACCUGGGCCAAGUGUCCGUCAUAAAGAAGGGUUUAACAGAGUGUUACGAGUGUCUACCCCAGCCAGCUCAGAAAUCCUUCCCUGGCUGUACAAUACGGAACACUCCAUCUGAGCCCAUCCACUGCAUUGUAUGGGCCAAACAUUUAUUCAAUCAAUUGUUUGGUGAAGAAGAUCCAGACCAGGACGUGUCCCCGGACACGGCAGACCCCGAGGCCGCUGGGGAUGCCGGCCAGGAGAGCUUGAACUCUGACCCCGCCAAAGACGCGCUGGGUGGUGUGGAGAGAACGUCCACAAGGGCCUGGGCGGAGUCUAGCGACUACAAUGCACAAAAGUUAUUUAGAAAGCUUUUCCACGAUGACAUCAACUACCUGCUGUCCAUGGACAAAUUGUGGCAGAAACGCCGGCCUCCAGUGCCCUUGGACUGGGAUAAUUUACCUCAGGAACAAGAUUCAGAGGAAAAUGAGAGCCAAAGCAGCACUGUGCUGCAUGACCAGAGGAAGUUAAGCAUCAGGGAUUGCGUCAGCAUGUUCAAAGACAGCCUGGACUCACUUAAGCAACUCUACAAGGAGAGAGGGGAGCUGGUGUGGGAUAAGGAUGACGAGGCAGCAAUGGACUUCGUAACCUGCACCUCCAACAUCAGGGCUUAUAUUUUCGGCAUUGAAAGAAAUACACGGUUCACCAUCAAAUCCAUGGCAGGGAACAUUAUUCCAGCAAUAGCCACCACUAACGCUGUUGUGGCGGGCCUGAUCGUCAUGGAGGCACUCAAAGUUCUCCAAGGCCGACUGGACCAGUGCAGAAUGAUUUUCCUGAAGAGGACGCCAAACGAGAGGAAUAAACUUUUCUUGACGUGUCCACUGGACAAGCCCAAUCCAAAAUGUUACGUCUGCGCACCCAAACCAGAGGCCUCAGUCAAGGUAAACCUGAAUACCAUGACGGUCAAAGCUCUUGAAGAAAAGAUAUUUAAGCAAGAGUUUGGGAUGAUAGCACCAGAUGUCGAGAUCAACGACGGCAGGUGCUCCAUCCUGAUUUCCAGUGAGGAAGGAGAAACAGAAGAGAACAACUUUAAGGUGCUCAGCACCUUCAUGAGGAGUGGUGUUCAGCUCAAGGCCGAUGACUUCCUGCAGAAUUACCAGCUGACGCUGAAUAUAACUCACUGUGACACCCUUAAAGAUGACAAAGAGUUCGAAGUGGUGGACAGGUCAGCAGCCUCCGAGCCCCAACCCUUGCCGGAUGGUGAGAACCAACUUUCUGGAACCGGUGACGAUGCUCAGCCGGGGACCAGCGCGAAUGGUAUCCAGACUUCUAUCACCAGUAGCACCACCAAUAGUCAGGCUGGGCCUGCGCCAGAUGGAGACGAUGAAGAUGACGAGUUGGUCAUGGUCGAUGAGGAAGAGGAAUUAGAGCAGGCCUCGGCCGUUGAGAUGGCUCAGCCUGCCGGCAAGAAGAGGAAACUGUCGGCCGAUGAGGGCAACUCCACGAUCACAGCACCCCCCAUGCCAGCCAAGAAAGCCAAGAUGGCGCAGCCCGCUAACGUGGAGGACGAAGACGACGAUCUGGUUGUGCUGGAUGAUUGAGAGAGUGGCAAACAAAAGGGGAGAGAGGAGGACUGAGAUGAUUAAAAGUCUUUACAAAGGGACUACUUUCAAUGGGAGAAUUGAAAAAUGGUUUUAGAGGACACUAGAAUGCAACUUUACCAUGCAUCUGUGGUUACAUAUGUUCCUCUAUAAUGCAGAUGCUACAAGGUUGUGCUGACAGUGUUCAGAAGUUGGUCGUGUGCCCCACACCACAUGUGUACUUACGGCAUCUGAUGUGCGACUUCUACUCUUGCAUCAUGUUGCUGACAAUCAGGAUUUUAUCGCAACUCUUGGGAGAUUGAAUAUCAAUGUCAAUGAAGAGCGCUUUGUUGUCUUCACUGAGUGUUCUUUUUGCACCCGUUAAAUGGGUACAUUGACAUUUGUAAUUUUGUAGCAAAACGUGUUGAGAAAUAUUUGUUCUUCAAAAGUUCCUUGUCUUUCUGAAUUGUUUUGAGUUUUUUUGGCGUCAUUACUUUUAGAAGCAUAUAGGAACCUUUGAGAACUGCUGGUCAGGUUUCUAUCAUUGACCUUUUAGUGAAAUACCAAUUGAUUUUGCCUGAUACCCAUGAUCUAUUUUGUGCAUAGGAUACCAGGCAGAUUUGGUUAUUGCUCUAGAAACCCGAACCCCCCCACAGAGCAGUAUUAAAAACAAUUCAUCAUAGUUUGAGAGAGAUAGAAUUAAUCACUUGUCUCGAGGCAAAGGCUGAUUUGACUUCUGAUGUGAAGCCUGCAUUAAGGAAGUUUCUAAUGGUAAGCAAAGCUCUGCCGGUAGCAAAUUCUCUCACCAAAAAAAUCUGGGAACCAACCAUGAAUAGAGUACCUCGUUGCUUUUUUACUGAUCCCAUGUUGUUACUACAACAAACCUUUUUGUUUGUGAAGGAUAUUUACAAAGCAGCUAUUGAUGAUCCCAGGCCUGGCCACAGACUCUCCAGCUUGGGGUCACAUGCACAAAACAGGGUUUAAACUCUCUUGUUUGAAUUUAAUUAUUCAAAAAAAAGGACUGAAUUUCCCUCGAUAGGCUUCUUCGAAGGUCUAUAUAUGUAACUACAAUGCUUUAGGUAGGCUGUAUGCAUAUUUUCCUCAUGCCUCUUAACAGUGAAGAUCUGAAAUUUUCAUUUGAGCGAGAGCAGUUUUCAAUGUCUUUGCUGAGCUGUUAGCGCCCAUUUUAUGUAGCAUUGUACAUUAAUGAUGGUCUGUGUAUUUAUUGCCAAAAGUACAUGUGAUAAUCUUUAUACGGUAGCUUAUCGGUCAUACACAAAUUAUGUCGGCAGUCCAUGCAUUUUUUGCAAUGUUUGUAUUGUGAUUUUAACAAAUGUGAAACUUGGUCUCACUGUCAGGGUUUAGAUCUUUGCCAUUUAAUUCUUUUGUAAUUAUAUAAAAGGGUUCUGAUUAUGCAAUGGUGAGAGUAUGCAUAAUCUUUCUUGUAGCCAUAAAGCUACAAAAAAAAAUCAAAAAGGUAUUUGAAAUACUUUUGACAUACACUGUCUAGUUGAGGUAAUGGGUCAACAUUUUGUGAAGUGGUCGUAUGAAUGGAUGGUUUUUUUUACUCUAUAAUUAUGAUUAGUUUGGGUCAGGUAUUGUUUUGCAUUAAACAGCACAGGGAGAAAAAGUA